AUGUUAUCUGUUUGCCAUGGCAAUGGCUUAAGAUGUUAUAUUUAUAAAUUUAGUCACAAAUAUAUCUCGAUUAGUACCUUAAAAUUAUUGAAAAUGGAAAGAUGAUCAUACAUGUCUGUAUUCUACAUUCUUAUCAAUAUUUUUACCUUUCUAGAGGGAAAUAAGCUGUUGCCAUGGCAACGGGCCCUUUGUAACAUUUUUAAAAGAAUUAAAUCCAAGCGUUACCAAGGCAACAUAAGUUCUUAUCUUUAUAAAGAACUCCUGCAGAACAUUUUAAGUACUUUUUGUUCAAAUGAGGGGGUCAAAAGUUAAGCAUACAGAUUAAGUCAAUUCUAAUUGUAUUUUCCACCUGUCCAUUGUGUUGUCAACCAUGUUAUUUUUUUUUCAAAUUAGAUGUAAUUUGGUUGCCAUGACAAUGGCUUCAGAUAUUGUUUGUAUGUUAACAGCAAACAUAUCAAUUCUUACCAUAAAAUUAGGGGAAAUGAAAGAAAAAUCAGAGUCCAAAGUCCUUUUUCUAAUCAAAACUAGAACUUUUUUUGCGUAAAUGAGCCGUUGCUAUGGCAACAUGUCAUAUGCAACAUUGAUAUUUAUCGUUGAAUUCAAGUGAUACUAAGGUAACAUCAAUGUUUAUCAUUCUAAUUAGUUCAUGCAGAACAAUCACUGUAUACUGUUUCCCCUAAAUUAAUUGAGUAGGUCAAAACUUAUGCAUUUACAUAAGUUAAUUUUCAUUGGAUUUUUCACCUAUCCAUAACCCUGUCAUCCCUGUCAUUGAUUUUUUUUUAAUUAGAUGUUAUCUGGUUGCCAUGGCAAUCGCUUAAGAUGUUAUAUUUAUAAAUGCAGUCACAAACAUAUUUUUAUUAGUUCCUUAAAAAUAUUGAAAAUGGAAUGAUGAUCAUACAUGUAUUCUACAUUUUUAUCAAUAUUUUUACCUUCUAGAGGGAAAUAUGCUGUUGCCAUGGCAACGGGAUCUUUGCAACAUUCGUUCUUUUAUUUAAUUCAAGCAUUACCAAGGCAACAUAAUGUUUUAUCUUUAUAAAGAACUCCUGCAGAACACUUUCUGUAUUUUUUGUUCAAAUGAGGGGGUCAAAAUUUAAGCAUACAGAUUAAGUCAUUUCCAGUUGUAUUUUCCAACUGUCUCCAUUGUCUUGUUAACCAUGUUAUUUUUGUAAAUUGAUGUUAUUUGGUUGCCAUGGCAAUGGCUUGAGAUGUAGUUUAUACAUUGAGCUACCAAAAUAUUAUUGUUCAACACUAUAAAAUUAGGGGAAAUUAAAGAUAAAUCCUAUUCUACAACGUUUUUUUAAUCAAUAUUUUUAUUUUUCUGGGGAAAAACAAGUCGUUGCCAUGGCAACGGACCAAUUGGAACUAUCUUGUUAAUUUUGAAUGUUUCUAAAUUUUAUAUAUAUUCAAUUGGGAACUUGAAAAUUAUCAUUUUGGUCAUCUAUAUCAUGUUUAUUUACCAUUUACAUGGGAAUGUAUGUCAUUUUUGAGAAAUUAAUCCGUUGCCAUGGCAACGGCCGAAAAUGGCAUUUUAAAAUUUACCUCCCAUCUUUAAAAUAAAUCUUACGUCAUAUACUUAUACUUGUGAAAGUUUCAUGCUUUAGUCAAAAUUUGCACAAUUGUUCGGCUAAUCCGCUCUACUAUAUCAAUGAAGCACAGACAAUAAGUUGGUAGUCCACGUCAGAUCAAGUAGUGUCAUGGCAACAAGUAAUUUUCCAAGCACAGAGAUUCCUUCAAAUUUCACUAAAAACAUUUGCUGACCAGUGGAAAGAGUCCAAAUACUUUUUCCAAUGUAUUUAACAUGCCAUCUGAGGUUGGGUCGAAAACGGGGUUAUCUGAUUCCGAAGCAGAUUGCUUAUGAAAUGAAAAUCACUUUAUUGUACAAUAAGUUAUGUGGUUGUAUCGUGAUGCAGUUGAGAGGAACAACAUUUUGAAUACUUCCGCUCUUCUUGAUAAAACACUAAACAGAAAGUUUGGAGUGUUAACAGAUGUGUAUCUUAACCAGGUAUUGUUUUAUUAUCCCUCACGAUUGCAAAAAUGGAAAGCAGAAGAAGUUUUUGAUGGAGGAGCAGAAUUCAAGAAAGAUGUCAAGAAAAACUGGUAUGCGUUCUGUGGACAUUUAAGACUAUUUCCAAAUGGUUUGUACGGAACAAUGCAAGCCAUAAGAGCAAAUUUUUCUACCUCUUGAACAGGUAUCCCUCUUCAUGGUUGCACAAAAUUAAAAGCAGAGGAGUUGCUUCUACCAGAGCACAGUUCAGGAUAUAUCAAGAAAAACUAGUAUACAUUCUGUAGAUUUGUUUAUCCUCCAAAUUUUUAAGACAGACGAGAGAGAUGAUGACACAUCUUUCUACCUCUUGCACUGGCAUCCCUCCUCACGUUUGCAAAAAAUGGAGAGUAGGAGUUGUUCCCAUCAGAGCAGAUUUUAAGAAGAAUAUUAAGAAAAACUAGUAUGCCUUCUGUAAGACUUGUUUGUCCUCCACCAAAUGUUUAAGACAAACAAAUGUUUAAGACAAACAUGAGAGACGAUGACACAUCUUUCUACCUCUCGCACCGGUAUCUCUCCUCACGUUUGCACAAAAUGGAAAGUAGGAGUUGAUCCCACCAGAGCAGAGUUCAGGAAAAAAAUAUUAAGAUAAACCAGUAUGCCUUCUGUAGACUUGUUUGUCCUCUAAAUGUUUAAGACAGACGUGAGAGAUGAUGUCACAUCUUUCUACCUUUUGCGCCGCCGGUAUCUCUCCUCACGUUUGCACAAAAUGGAAAGUAGGAGGAGUUGAUCCCUCCAGAGCAGAGUUCAAGAAAAAUAUCAAGAAAAACUAGUAUGCCUAUUUCCAAAUGUUUUGUACAGAAAGACGCAAGACAUAAUGACACAUCCUUCCACCUUGUACUCCAGAAUCCCUCCUCCCAUUUGCACAAAAUGGAAAGUAGGAGGAGUUGCUCUCACCAGAGCAGAGUUCAAGUGGAGUCACUUUGAAUGGUUGCUAAUUCAGGAUAUGAAUUGUUUUCCUCCCUUCCCAGAUACGUGCCAGCCUGGCUGCCUGAACGGAGGGACCUGCGACAGGGGACUGUGCAUAUGCCCUGCCGGUAUCGGUGGUGUGUUCUGUCAACUGAGACUGGAACGUCAGUGUCGUGUACCAUGCCAGAACAAUGCCCGGUGUAUGAAUGGAAUCUGCUUGUGUCAACCAGGAUUUGAGGGAUUAGCCUGCCAGUUUAGAAAGCGUGAUUGUCCAGAACUUUGUCAGCAUGGAGGAACCUGCAUCAAUGGAACGUGUUACUGCUUGGCUGGAUACCUCGGUGAAUUCUGCGAGAUCAGACCUGUUGAAUGUAUCCCUAGCUGUAUCAAUGGAGGAUUCUGUAACAGCGGAGUGUGCAUCUGCCCUGAUGGCUACACAGGACCAUCUUGUGAAGUAUCAGUUGGAUCCCAGCCCCAGAUAGUGGUUACCCCAUUCCAAGCCCAGGUCCUGGCCCUAGGGGAAGACACCACCAUACAGUGUAAUGUAAGGAGCAGAGAUGUGGAUGAAUCACCGUCAUGGUACACGCCCAACGGAACUCUCAUUAAUACCCUGGCAAAUGGCGGUACAGGUCACAAACAUGUCAGUGUGAUCGAUGAUCAGAACAUCGAGCUGGUCAUCAAUGACUUCCAGAUACAUGAUGUUGGAAACUAUUCUUGCACGGCUGGACCACUCUCCAGAACUAUCACCUUGAUGAUACUACCUAUAACCUGUUCACACCCCUGCCUAAAUGGUGGUCACUGCCAGAAUGGAGUGUGUGUCUGUGCUGAAGAUUACUAUGGAGAAUUCUGUGAAUUAUCAAAUUUCACUGAUACAUACAUACCUUGUGAACCUCAAUGUGAGAAUGGAGCGACAUGUGUGCAAGGGUUGUGCCUCUGCCCUCUUGGAUACAGAGGAGAUACAUGUUCUGAAGAGAUGUCAUGUGAUCCGAUGUGUGAGAACAAUGCUGUUUGUGUUCUUGGUUACUGCCGAUGUCCAGUAGGAUUUACAGGAAGUACUUGCAAUGAAGAUAUCAAUGAGUGUGAAAUCAACCCUACUAUCUGCAAACAUGAUUGCUUCAACACCAUUGGAAGUUUCUACUGUUCAUGUGCUCCGGGCUAUCGGCUUACUGCAGACAGGAAAUGCGUUGACAUUGAUGAAUGUGAAGGAGAACACAACUGUGAGCAGCGUUGUCUGAACAUCAUUGGAUCAUAUCUUUGUGCUUGUUACGAGGGCUCCAUCUUGGAGGCUGAUGGCAAUACUUGUGUGGGACCUUCAGGUUGUGUGUAUGAGAACCACCUGUAUCCAUCGGGUACCACCUGGACAGUGGAUGGGUGUACAGAGUGCUCCUGUGAUCUGGGUGUCACCACCUGCACCGACUGCCCGACACCGAAAUUCCAGCAGUGUACUUACCAAGGCAUCGAAUACGACCAUUCCACCAACUGGACAUCACCGUUUGACCCCUGUGAUCACUGUAACUGUACUGAUGGUCAAGUUAAAUGUAUGAGAGAGAUCUGUGAUAUACAGUGUGAUUAUCCUGCUCCUCACCAAACAGAAUGCUGUCACGAAUGCACAGAUUGUUUGUAUGAAGGCAAUGUUAUCAGGAAUCAUCUUUAUUUCUCUCCUAUGAGUCAACAAUGCACAACAUGCAUUUGCCAGGAUGGUAAUGUCCGAUGCAGUAAUGUUAGCUGCCCUGAGAUAGAUUGCUCCAGACCUGUGCAGGGUGAAUGCUGUCUAACAUGUGAAGAUAAUUGUGAGUUCCAGGGUUCUGAGUACCAAGAUGGAGAGACAUUUACAGCAGAAUCCUUGGACUGCAGUGUCUGUACAUGCAAGAAAGGUGUCGUUGAAUGCCGUCCAUUUGAUUGCCCAGCUCUGAACUGCUCUCGUAACGAGAGAGUACAGCUUCCCGGAGACUGCUGUCCCAAGUGCAUCAGUGCCGUACCUGGCUGUGUGGAUAAGUAUGGUCUGCUUCAUCAGUAUGAGACAACAUGGACUGAUCCCAGGGAUAACUGUCUCACCUGCACAUGUUUGAAUACUGGAGAGGUACAGUGUGCAAGGGAGCAGUGUGAGUUUAACUGUAACAACCCAGUCCAUGUUAGAGGCCAAUGCUGUCCAGAUUGCAAUGGUUGCUACUACAAUGGUAUUGGUUUCUCAUAUGGUGCAACAUUCAAAUCUGCCUUUGAUAAAUGCGACUCUUGCAUCUGCCUUGGUGGGGAUGUCAUCUGUGAGCCUACCAGCUGUAACGUCCAGUGUAGCGCCCCCUACCAUCCACCUGGAGAAUGCUGCCCUCUAUGUGAAGAUUGCUAUUUCUUGGGUCAGAUCAUCCCUGAUGGUGAAUACUUCAAUCCUGCCCUCGAUUCUUGCAAGACAUGUCACUGUGAUAAAGGAUCAGUUCAAUGCACUGAGAGAGAGCAAUGUCCAAUGCUGAACUGUCCAGUGACGACCACAGUGGCCGGAGAAUGCUGCCCAUCUUGUGCUGAUGCCUUCUGCCGUGGUGAUGAUGGAAGUGAACAUAGGAGUGGUGACACCUGGAUCUCAUCUUCUGAUCCUUGCCAAGAAUGUACCUGCCUGGACACCAUCAUCAAUUGCAUCCCUGUCCCGUGUCUGGAAACCUCUAGCUGUACCCAUGGUGUCCAGAUAGAAGGCGUGUGCUGUCCAGACUGCACGGUGUGUGAUUUUGAAGGAAAUCUCUACAGGAACGGCUCCAGUUUCACUCCCAGUGACGCCAACUGCAGGAGAUGCCAGUGUAUCAAUGGGAAUGUAAUGUGUGAGGACGAGACCUGCCCUCCCAUAUACUGCAUGGAGACCGUCCAAUCAUUUGGGCAAUGCUGUCCUCAAUGUGCUGUCUGCACUGCCCAGGAUGGAACCAUAUACAGCCACGGUCAAACAUGGCAGGACGGGGAGGACCCAUGCACAACAUGCAGGUGUAUUAAUACAGAGAUAGAGUGCAACACACCGAUCUGUCCCAUUCGCAACUGUAUUGAUCCUCAGUUUGAUUUUGGAGAAUGCUGUGCAUCUUGUGAAGGAUGUACAUUUGAGAACACGAAUUACACCAACGGUCAGACCUUCAGUCCAGCCACUCAGGAUUGCAUGGAAUGCGUGUGUCAGGACGAUCGUCUCAACUGCCAGCCCAUCACUUGCCCGAUCCCUGAUUGUCCAGCGGAGUCUGUUGUCUACAGAGAUGGGGCAUGUUGCCCUGACUGUGUUGAUCCUGAGGUAUCAAGGAUGACCUGUCAGAUUGAUGAUGUCAUCUUGGAGAGUGGAUCCUCACAUCAACCUGAUGAAUGUUCAACAUGCCUGUGUAUGGCUGGUGAGUUGCUAUGUGAAGCCCCGGAGUGUGUAGACAUCGGCUGCCCUCAGAUCAGGCAGGUACGGGCACCAGGAUCCUGCUGUCCAGAAUGCAAGCUAGAUGCGUGUGUGUUUGACGGAAGGUUGGUCCUCAAUAACGAGGUCUUCAUCCCAAUGGGUGAUAGCUGCACUAACUGUUCCUGUUCAGAUGGUGCUGUUACGUGUCGUUCUGUGUCCCUGUCCUGUCCAAGCCUUAAUUGUCCUCCUGAAGAUCAGGUCAAAGAAGAAGGCGACUGCUGUAAACACUGUGCUGGUGCUCUUCAAUUAAAUAACCUGCCGUGUACAUUCCAGGGUGAGACCAUUCCAGCAGGGGGGAGUUUUAUGAUAGGAUGUCAGGAGUGUAGAUGCGAGGGUGGCAACCCGCGUUGUUCAAGACGUGAAUGCCCAGUCCUGAACUGUCUUGGGGGAGAGGAAAUACAGAUGGCACCUGAUGGAUGCUGUGAAGAAUGUGUGCCAAAGAUGGGAUCUUGUAUAGUGUUUGGAGAUCCUCAUUACAGGACGUUUGAUAAGAGAUUCCAUGACUUCCAAGGCACCUGUACCUACACACUCAGUAAAGACUGCACCACUAACCAAUUUGAGAUCAUAGUACAGAACAACGGAAAGGAAACCUAUGCUGUAUCUUGGACGGAACUUGUCUCUUUCAAGGUCCAUAAUGUGACCAUCGAUCUCUUACCAAACUUUGCUGUCAGACUGAACAAAGAGGAAAUCACUCUACCUUAUCUCAAUGAACCAGAAUUCAGUAUACAAAAAAUAGGUCUGAUGAUAGUAGUCCAUACUAAUAUUGGCAUAUCGCUGUCGUGGGAUGGCGCCCAUUUCGCUGAGGUUGUAGCCGAUGGCAUCUGGGAAGGCCAGCUGUGUGGAUUGUGUGGUGAUUACAAUGGUAACCCUGAUGACGACUUCAGAGCUUCAAAUGGAACACUCUGUGGGACUGCCUCAGAAUUUGGAAACACAUUUUUAGUUGGUGAUUAUGCGGAAUGUUCAUGCCAGGAGAGUAUCGAGCAGACGCCUUGCCUAAGGAAUGACAACGCCGAUAUGGAAUUCAUGGCAAGGGACAGAUGCAGAAUACUCAAGGAAGAGCCUUUUGCUGCUGCCCAUGCCUUAGUCCCACCCCUGCCUUUCUUUGAUGCUUGUAUGUACGACCUCUGUGCCUGUCCCGCCCAUGAGAGGUGUCUAUGCGAUGUAUUAACGGCGUAUUCACACGAAGCCAGAAAGAAAGGCAUCAUGAUAGACUGGCAAAGAGACAACUAUUGUGCAAUUUCGUGUCCAGAGGGUGCAGUGUACAACGAGUGCACAUCGCCCUGCGUACAAACUUGUGAUACAGUCAACACGAUAGAAGAUUCUUUAGAAUGUAAUCAACUUGAAAAUUGCAUACCGGGAUGUAAAUGCCCGGCAGGAAUGUUACUACACGAUUUCAGAUGUAUAAUGCCUGAAGACUGCCCUCUAUAGUUUGGAUAUGAACAUGUAAAGACUGUCUUUGGGGAGACUUACUGAGCUCCCUCCAUUAUCCGAUGUGGAUUCAUUCUAAAGAGAUCUACUCCGUUACAAGGACUUUGAUAGUUUUUUUCUGCAGAGGGACAAAAGUUUAUGUCGUACAGACUCGGAUUUAGAUCUUUUGAUGAGCUUUGAUAUUAUGUGUGCUGAUAAGAUACAUACAUGCUAUGCAAACUGUUUAAUUUGGACUUGGGAAGGGGGGGGACCGAUUUAUGAAAAUAUUAAGCAAUGAAAUGUUGUCUUCCUCUGACAGUUACUAUAGUAACAGUCAGAGGCUAGUGCUCUCAGCCAAUCAAAAGCAAGGAUUUCACUGAUAUUGUCUCAGCAUUGACAAUUUAGUUUGAUAGUGCCUACUACUUUCAUGGAAUGCCCCCUUAGCACUGUGAUUUAUUAUUGCCAUAACCUGGGGGCUUCCAUCAAAGCUAUCAACGGAUUAUGCAACGAAACAGGUGUGCUGCUAUGUCAGGGCAUGCAUUAUAUUUUGUUAUGCAUAUUCAGAGCUCAGAUAGAUACAAAUUAAGAUACAGCAUCGAAACAGAAGCAUAGCUUAAACACUGUUUUCGAAAGGCUGAAGUUGUGUUCAUUUGAAAAAAAACCCUAUCAUGGAACAUUAUCAAUCAGCAAUUUAAUUCAGCCUCUAAUCAGUGCUACUGAAGCUUAAUUUUCAUUGGGGAUGAAUACCCUGGUAGUAUCUGCCUUUUUUCAAAUUUGUGACUUAAAAUGCACAAUGAUAGUGCCAUAAUGAGCAAAUCAAUCAGCGGAAAUUUUUGGAGUGGUCUUCCGAAAAUCUGAAAAUAAAAACAACUCUUAUUUCAGUAUUCAAGUAAUAAGCUGUUGUAUGUUGUUCGAAAAGUGAAAUUGAAUGAAUUUACUAGAUAUUUUACUACAUGAACCAAACCAAUCUUAUUACAUUAAAAAGUGUAUUUAUUUCAUUUUAUGUAACGUGAUAUGUGCAUCCUUGAAAAUAAACUUUUAUUGAACCAAUGAAUUAUCUCUUUAUACAUAUGUUCUGCUGACUCUGUUAAUUUAGGUAAUUGUUAUUUGUGAUUAGGUUUGAUAUAAUUUAAUGAUAGCACUACCUCUGUUUUAAAUAUAUCCAUGUAUUUUAUAAGUUUAAUGAUCAUUUUCUUAAGGUUUUUUUUAAUGCUUGUAUAUGCAUCAUUAAGUAGCAGGAUGAGUAGAUUUGCUAAUAUUGAGAAUUAUUUUCAAUAUUCUUUGUGGGAGUUUUUUUUAUGUCAACUUGUGAUGAAUUCUGUUCAAUUUUUUUAUGGUGUUUGCCAGAUCCUACGUCGUUUUGUGUAUGCAGGAAUUAACAGACACUGGAUUGGAUCCUUAAAGUGGUAGCAAAACAUGGCACAAACAUUUUUUAGGUAUCUACACUCAAUCCAGCGAAUUGUACAUUUUUUAUUUUUUUCUGAAAACUUAACUUUUUCAAGAGAGUUUUCAAUAAAUCAGACACUUCUAUUGUAUUGCAUUUUAGAGAGAUAUUUGGCUUCCAUUUUGUUUUGACCUACUCAUGUUUGUCUAUUAUAUUUUCACCUUUAUUGUAGUGUGCAUUUUAGGAUAUCCAUGUAGAAAUUGCACAAUAUGAAUUCACAAUUAUUAUUAUUUAUUUCUGUCACCUUUUAUCAGGUACUAAUUAUCAAUUCUACCAAAAUGCAAAUUCAAACUAAAAGUUGAGCAAAAUAGAUAACUUUUUAGCUUAAUGUAAAGUUGUGUUUGAUUGCAUUGUACAGUGUAUAUAUUUUAUAUGUACCCCUUAAUGUCUUUAUUUCUUUACUGAAAUCAAUGUUUAGCAUGCUUUCAAGAAUCAAAUCUGGUGCAUAUUAGAGAGGAAAAAACAUUUGAAAGCCUGUUUAGUAAACAUAUACCAUUAUAUCUUCCUAUUCUUUAUGAAAACCAUUUCAAUUGGAAAUAUAUGCUGCUUUUAUGGUGCUACAACCCUCAUAUUGAUGUAUCCAAAGGAAUACAUAUUUAAGGUAACUUAUUUUAUUUCCUCAUUAUUUUGUAUUAACUCUGCAGGGUAUUUUUCCUUUUUAUUUGAAAAAAGGGAAUUUUUGACAGAAGAGUAAUUUAUUUCUGAUUUUUGUAAUGGAUUGAUGAUGUUUAUACUACAUUUCAUAUCCGGUAUUAUGUCAUGCUUUUGAUAUUCUCAAAUCAAACCAACUCUUGCCUUGUCUUUUAAAAUGAUUGAUUUUUUAAAUGGAAAUAAAUAAUAUUGAGUAUGUAUGAUAUUAUGUAUGAA